CCAACGGAUGCGGAUUCAAAAGUUAACCGACAUUCGAUCUGUCAACGUGCAGCAGUCGAAGGAGCAGCCGCAGCAGUUAAACAAUUAUAAUACUUGGCCGCGGAAUAAACACAUAUUUGAUAUAUCUCGUGUUUCAUUCAAGUUUCGGGUUAUCCGUACCUUAUUUCAAAAAGUUAAUACGCGAUUUUUGUGCUUUUCGGGAGUUUUUCCAGCGGCAAUUGAAUUAAACUCAGUCAGACGUGUGCUAGUGCUCCGUGCCCCCAGCAUCACAAUGAACACUCUUAAUGCCCAUCUUUUGCUGUUGGCCCUGUGCUGCGUCGGCUAUAUUGCCUGUUCGCCGGUCAUAGGCCAGGACCAACGCAAUCCAGUCUCUGGCGAGGGCGAUGCCGACGGCCUGCUCGGCGCCGACGAGAUGGCCGAUAAUGGCGGAGACAUUGACAAGCGGGUAGAACGAUAUGCCUUUGGAUUGGGCCGUCGCGCCUAUAUGUACAACAACGGCGGACCGGGCAUGAAGCGGCUGCCGGUCUAUAACUUUGGGCUGGGCAAGAGGUCGCGUCCGUACUCCUUCGGCCUGGGAAAGCGCAGCGACUACGACUACGAUCAGGACAACGAGAUUGACUACCGAGUGCCGCCAGCGAACUAUAUGGCAGUGGAGCGUGGAGCUCUCCGCCUUGCAGUCCGACCUGGCAGACAGAACAAGCGAACGACGCGCCCGCAGCCCUUCAACUUUGGUCUCGGGCGGCGUUAAGUCCAACCGCGGAGGAGGACACCUCAAAUGGCACACUCAACCAGAUCCAGCCGUGUGCCAAUUGAGAUAAAAACCUACUUAACUAUCAAUUCAAGUAUUUGCAAAAGGCUCUAGGACUCUUGUACUGUAAAACCUCUCCAAGAACUAAUCUAAAUGUCUUUGAAUCAAACUGCACGCCCUUCGUCCCACAAAAUAUCUAAAAUAAAGCAUACCGAUAAACACUAUGAUUUCCACAUUAGUUAUUAACUCCAGACGUUCAACGGCGGCAACUAACUAGUUUAAAAGGCAAUAUAAAAUUGCAUAAAAAACCCAAAAAAAUAAAUUAAAAGAGAGGAAGAGAUAGGUCAAAGAAUGAGAUGGGAAUGAAACUCUGGCGUGUGCAAUUAUCAAGGAAGAAAUACAUAGAAUGUUAUACGAAUAUAUAUACAAAAUAUACAUAUACAUAUAUAUAUAUAUAUAUAUGCAGAUUCAAUCCAAUUAGAGUACACAUUUUAAUGGGGCAUUAGCUAAUACUAUACACACACAGCUUUAUACUUGGGGCAAUCCCUCGAGUCGACGAGUGGCAUUAGUUGCAACCGAAAUAGAGGCGCAUAGACGGACAAACUUGAAUAUUGGGAAUAUACACACAAAUAGCAAACUAAUAUUGGAUGUAUCAAAGUGAUUAUUAAUUUAACUAUACUAUAUAUGCACAUACGUACCAUAUAUGUAAAUGCUUUGUGCAUACAUGCAUCUAUUCCUAAAUAAACAGCACAGCAGCGUGGUGCAAGCAAAACA